AAAAUAGUUUUUCAAUUUUUGUGGUUUUACCUUUUAAAUUGGUCGAUUUCCUCCACAUGUUGAGGGCUGUUGUUUUCCAAGUAUGCCUAGACCAAUGAGAAAUAGUUUUGUGUGUUAGCUGAGGAAGCUGUCUUUAUAAAAGGUACUGGGUACCAUUCUGAGAAGGGAAGAUGUAAAGGAGGGUGUAACAUUCAGCUGGAACUGAACGAGAGCCAAGUUUUUCUUCUUCUUAAGGAAUUCAUCGGAUUCAGAUCUCAAGAUCGAUUUUGUUUUUGAAAACAAUUACUCUAGAGCAGAAAUGCCGCCAACCUGUCUUGACAUCUCUGGCUUGCUCCGAGAGAGGUUGACAAAAUGUGAAGUACAAAUCCGGGCCAAAGAUGAAAGAAUUUGCUGCCUGGAGACAGAGAAUGCCAUGCUUCAUCUCAAGCUCGCUCAGAUGCGGGGUUCUGUAAACAAGUUGCAAGAAGAGCGGUACCUAGUGAGGAGUCGGAAUGAACAGGAACUGGAUCAACGAAAGGUGAUGCGGUGCACAAUAUUGGCUCUCAUGCAAACAACUAAGCUUCUGAGACGAGAGCUUGAUGAAUUGAGAGUGAUUGUUCAAAACACUCCAAAGAUGGUGUCUGCAGAAUGCGGGAAAGUUUUGAACGAGAUGGAGAAGUAUCGGCAUGUAUUUGCUCUGCAGAAAACAAAUAUUUCAGAUCUUCAACAAAUGCUCUUAGACGCCGAGAAAAAUGUACAUGUAGCCAAUGAGAGACAUCUGGUGGAGAAGAGAAGAAGGAAACAACUCCAUAAUGCUUUAGUGGAAUUACGAGGCAAUAUCAGGGUACACUGCCGGAUUCGUCCUUUGUUGGAUUUUGAUGGGGGUGGCCAGGAAACAGCGGAGUUGGGAAGGCCUGGGACGUUAUCUGAAGUUAUUGUUGGUCCAGUGGAUGAUGAGAACGUCUGCUUGAGAUCGUCGCGAGGAAACCGAAUCUUUGAAUACGAUCGAGUGUUUGCUCCAAUUGAGGGACAGGAUUCAGUUUUUGGAGAGGUGCAGCCAUUGCUGACUUCGCUUCUCGAUGGGUAUAAUGUGUGUAUCAUGGCAUAUGGUCAAACUGGUAGUGGUAAGACGCACACCAUGCUAGGCAGUCACCGCAAUGAGAUGUAUACCCUGUCUACUGAACCAUGUCGUGAUGAAGGUGUGAUACCUCGUGCCACGAGAGAAUUGUUCAGAUUAAUUGGAGAGAAAUCAGAACACGAUUUCUCAGUCGAGAUGUCAGUCGUUGAGGUCUACAAUAACGAUGUGCAAGACUUACUGAGUGAAGAUCUAACUACCAAACAUGAGAUUGUCACUGGUAGCGAUGGAGCCAUGUGCAUGCCAACUGUCUCUAUCAAGCCAGUCCACGAUGUUGUCGGUGUGAUGGAGUUGGUCAAACAUGGCUUGCGGACUCGUCGGGAGACCACCACCUUGAUUCACGAUCAUUCUAGCCGAUCGCACCUCAUUGUAAUCCUCAGCAUCACUUUAACCCUCUCCUCAUCGGCUCCACCAUCUCCUAGGACGGUCCAAACUUCAGAUGGAUUUUUGGUGCCUCCAUCUCCAUCAAAAGAACGUCCAAGGCGCCUGCUACCAGAGCCACGGCUUCCAAACUUUGGCGUAUCCGGCAGUUCGAUACCUGUGGCGAGCCUGAAGUCACGCUCGCCCUCUCCGUCCACCAUGUCACUGUCUGGCUCUAAUGCGGUCAUCAAGACGAAGCUGCAGCUGGUAGAUCUCGCUGGGAGUGAAUGUGUCGGUAUGUCAGGAGUGACUGGUGCCGCCCUGAGAGAAACGUCCAACAUCAACAAGAGCUUGUCAGCACUAGCAGACGUGCUGGGUGCCCUGGCUGAACACAGACAGCAUGUCCCAUACAGGAACAGUAAAAUCACUCACCUACUCCAGGAUUCUAUAGGUGGUGAUGCCAAACUGUUGGUGCUUCUGUGCGUCUCUCCGUCGCAGCGUUACAUCACUGAGACACACCAAUGCUUGGGCUUCGGACAGCGGGCGAGACAAGUUCAGAGGGGGCCACCGAAACGGAAAAUCCAACCAGGAUCGGAGCGAGGACAUGGUGAGGGAGUUGGAAGGAGUUCGCCAAGGUCGAAAUCAAAUCCAGCCACGCCGACAAGACCUGUUCCCAGAGUAUUACAUUUUGACUGAGAUGAACUCUUUGAGGAUAUAAACCAUUAUCUCGUUUUCGCUCUUGCACACAGUGUAUACCGGGUUCGUACCCUUCAUACUACUGGCCCGUAGUAAUCCGUACUGCUAAAUUUUCCCAAAUUUCCAUCGUUUACCUCUUUGGUGGCAGAUGGCAGCACUGGAGUGCACUAAAUUUCAUGAAGAUUUACAGGGUAGUGCUAGCUGUUCUAAAAUGAAACUUUUCCUUACGAGUGCAAGCCAGGGGUUCACUGCCGAAACUCUGCAGUAGCGAAGGGUAAUGCCUAAUGGUCAGUCUCUAGAAUAGUUAGAAUGUUCUUCAUGAUGUCUUCGAAGGGGUAAACACCACUGUUAUGUUGUUGGAGAAAGUUGUGGUGUUAACUUUAUGUUAAAGGGAGCUCUAUGUGUAUGUUAGAAUGGUUUCAUAUGUUCAGGGAUUGAAAACCUCUCAUUUAACUAGAUUUACUCAUUUACCAUUGUGUUCAAUCUAAACUGCCAUUCAUAAAUUAUUGAUCUAUUGUGUUCAACUUUUAUUGCAACUUGCAAUUGGUUUGGGGGGGGAUAUUUAUUUACAUACUU